AUGAAGAUAUAUGAUGUUGGAACCUUCAAUGUUGGAAGAGCAAAUGAAGGUCAUCUCAUAUCUUAUCGGCGAUCUGAAUAUUUGAACUUAACAACCUCCAACUUUUCGCCAAUGGGUACCAAACGCGACUGGGAAGGCCAGCCUCUCGACUUAAAUCCUAAAGACACAGCCAUGGCAGGAGCAGAAGUAGAGUCAGCUCGUUCAGUCCUGUCAAUCUUCGAGAACUUCCGCGACGAGUUGGACGAGCACCAUGACCGCCGCGAGCGUAUCAUCAAGAAAAGCCGCGACAUUACGGCCCUGAGCAAGAAGAUUAUCUUCGCUCUCCAACGAGUCCGCGCGACAAACCAACCCCUCCCACCUAACAUCGCCCAAGAAAACCAAACCCGCUUCGACCAGAUUCACACACUGUUCGAAGAAGUCGUUCCCGAACAAGUAGGCAUCAACGGCUGGCGAUACCAGCGGCAAAUCAGUGGAGGAAUUCAAGAAUUCAUCGAAGCCGUCUCCUUCGACCACUACCUCCGCACGCAAACGCUCAUCACCCACGCUGAGUGCUCCGCCCGGGUCCCACCACAAGUCCUUAUUUCCGAGGAAGACUACCUAAUGGGCCUUUACGAUCUUACAGGAGAGAUGAUGCGUUUCGCAGUUCUAUCGCUGAGCUCCGGGAACGCAACUGCUACCCAGUCCGAGAACACAGCCAGCGAAAGGGAGAAAUCGACGGUCGCUUCGUCCCAGGGUGGCAUUGUGGGUGAUCUACGAGCUAUACGUGCUGGCUUUGAGGCCCUCAGUGUGCCCCAGCGGCAUUACAUGUUCCGAGAUAUGGCGAAGAAGCUGGAUGUGAUGCAAAACAGCGUGGAGAAGGUUGAGCGGGCAGCGUAUGGGAUUGUCGUUCGUGGGAGUGAGAGGCCGAGCGGGUGGACGCCCGAUCUGUCAGCCGCUGUGGAGGUGGGAUCCUACUAA